CUGAUGCCCAGCCAUUGACUGAGCCAUGACCUCCGACCUUGCGUAUUACUGCCUAGACAACCAAAUCAGCACCUUCUUCCGAGCCCACAAUUCCGUAACACGGGAACAAUGCGAUAAAUACGCCGCCUCCAUCGCCGGCGAACCCGUCACGCCCAAGGCACGUGGAGCUACACCGAAACAGCAGGGCCGAAGCGGUCAUCCAUCGUCCAAUUCCGGGUCCCCUCAUCAGCCCUAGACAUGGAUCUCUUGACGCUUGCGCGAGCUACCCAUGGGAUAAUCGUGCCGAACUGCGUCUGCCACGGAACCAUUGGCCAGCCAAUGCCGCUGCCCGUGUACGUCAUGGACAAGCUUCCUGGAGUGCCCUAUAUCCAAGUACAGCCAUCUCCCGUCCCCGGCAGGCCCAUGUCUCCCGCAGCAGCGUCCCGCGUCAUCAACACUGUGACCGACUUUGCAAGAUUCUUCGCUUCCUCAUGGUUGAAUCCGCAGGCAAUGGAAGCAUCUGCCACCAAAGCCCUCCUCACCGAAUACCAACGGAGGAUCACCCUUCUAUCCAAAACCCUACCCUCCCGCUUCGCCAAGAAGCUAAGCUCUGUCAGCGCAGACCUCCCCUUGUUCUUUACAGCACCGUAUCCCCUCGUCGUCAGCCACGCCGACCUCUGCGAGACAAACAUCCUCGCCGAUCCUCUUACCGGCCACAUCACAGGCAUCAUCGACUGGGAGGAUGCCCGCAUCCUCCCCUUCGAAUUUUCGCUCUGGGGAUUCGAGAACGUUCUCGGACACAUGGACUCCGGGGGCUGGCAUUACUACGACAACCGCGAGUCCCUCGUCGGCUUGUUCUGGCAGACCUUCGACCGUGAGAUCGGAUCGGCCUCGGAUAGGCGCGCGGUCAUCGCGGGGGCCAGGACGGCUGGGAUAUUCUGCCGAUACGGUUUCGACUGGGAGAAGGGUCCGUGGGUGCCGGUGGACGAGUCGAGCUAUUCGAUGCGAUAUCUCGAUGCGUUUUUCGACACGUCGCUCUAGGUGAUGCUGCCCAACGUCGUGACAGAAACCCACUGGAUCGACGGUUUGCUGGACAAGUAGAGAAUAAUGUCAUUUACCCGUAAGUGCCG